UCACCUUCAGUUUCUGGUUCUAGUUCAGAAUCAGGUUCAGGUUUAGGUUCUGGUUCAGAUUCACCUUCAGUUUCUGGUUCAGUCACUGCGACCUGAUCCACCAGCCAUUCAUUCAUCUCAGUUCCUCUGCAGCUGUGACCCGGAUGGAUUCGGAUGGAUCCAGGUGAAUCGGACCCUCUGCUACAGUCCAGUUUACACUUUCAUUCACUGCUGGAUUCAUGUGGGAUCAUUGAUUCAAACCGUCACUGAUUCUGUUUCUGCUCUUUCAUUUUGUGUCCGGUUGUUCUCCUUCUGUCCACCAGAGGUCUCCACGCUCAGUCACAUUAAAGCGGAACCUUCAGCCUCUGGUGUUUGUUUCUGCGGACUUCGUGGUCUCUGGUCAUGGCUCUGCCGCCCCCUGCUGGCGACAGCACGGACACACAGCUACAGUCUGCUGCUCUCAGAUCAGUUUGUGUUCAUCGCAGGCGCGUGGGGCGGGGUCGGCUCCACUGACCAAUCACAACGGACCUGAAGCGUUACCAGGGAAACGGCGUACAGGGCUAGGAGACGGUGGGAGGCAGCAGUAGCUAGGCUAACAGCCUAACAGGCUGGUUAGGGGACAGUUAACUCACCAGCGGCCGAUAAAUAUUUAAAAAAUCUUCCCCGUCAAAAAUUAAACGUUACAGCCGGUGUCUGACUCACGACCCGCGGUCACCGCUUCACCGUCUGUCGGCGCUGGAGAACUCGCAUGGCGGCAGCGGAGUCCGACUGACGAGGCUAAUGCUAGAUGUGGUGGCUAGCCCGCUAACCAGUCACCAGACCGACGCGUUACCCAAAUAUUAGUAAAAGUCUUCAUGUGCUCGGUCAGCAGGAAGCUGGCUCCUCGGUGUCUGCAGCUGGGAUGGAUGUGAGUUAACGGCUGGACUGGGACUGUCUGACCCGGAACUGUGGCUCUCUUGACGGAGUCUGGGUGUCGAGUUGAGGCCCCCCCCCCCCCCCCAGCAGCAGCAGCAGCAGCAGCAGCAGCAGCCGCCCAGUGCUCUGAGACCGGGGCACGGCGGAGCUGCACGCCGCCGGUCAGGCCCGGACUCUGGGAUGAAAUGCAGCGGAGCGCAGGGCCCGUUAACCCGAGCUAAGCAGCAGGAUGGAUGUGUGCAGUAGGAACCCGAACCGCACGGCGCCGGUUGGUGAGGAUGGCCCACAACGAGUCGACGUGCCGCUCUGCUCUCGGACCAACGGCUGGACCUGGCCUCCUCAUCCCUUCCAGCUGUUGGCCUGGCUGCUCUACGUCUACUUUGCUGUCACCGGCUUCGGCGUGUUCGUCCCCCUGCUGCCGCCUCACUGGAUCCCUGCAGGCUACAUCUGUACGGGCAUCACGUUCGUGUGUCACCUGUGUGUCCACCUGAUGGCGGUGUCCAUCAACCCGGCCGACUACAACGUCAGGACCAAGACCAGCAGAGGUCCAGUCCCCGUGUUUGACCGCUCCAAACACGCACACGUCAUCGAAAACUGCCACUGCUACCUCUGCCAGGUCGACGUAGGACCGAAGUCGAAGCACUGCAGUGCUUGUAACAAGUGUGUAGCUAACUUCGACCAUCACUGUCGGUGGCUCAACAACUGUGUGGGCAGCAGGAACUACAAGUUGUUCCUCCACAGUGUGGUCUCUGCUCUGUUGGGGGUCUGUCUGGUUCUGGUCGUAUCCUCGUACGUCUUCAUUGAGUUCUUUCUGGACCCGUCCAAACUGCGCACUGACAAACACUUCCUGGUGAGGAAUGAGACAGGUGUGUGGUUCGUCUUCUUACCUGUGGCUCCGGUCAGAUCAGCAGCAGCUGUGAUUCCUGGUCUUGCUGCCGUCACCAUCGCUCUGGGUCUGCUGUCAUCAGUGCUGCUCUGCCACCUGCUCUGCUUCCACAUCUACCUGAUGUGGAACAGACUCAGUACCUAUGAGUACAUCGUGCGACAGCGUCAUCGUCAUGACAACAGGAACUCCAGGAAACCAGGACCAGUGAAGGAGACAGCAGCUCCUUCAGUCGUCAAGGAUGUGGACUACUCAGGGACUCUGGGCUACACCAACCCUCAGCUGGACGUGGAGGAUCCUACUACUGUGUCUGUGCAGGGGGAGGCAGAUUCCAGCAGAGGUGACGAGAGAGCGCUGCCCGAGUUCCUGGCUAACGGCAGAAUGAGGACUGUGUCCAGUCCUGUUGUUGAGGAAGAAGCUCCACCCACCAUCGCUGCAGAGCUGAAAGCAGCACACACACACCGACGCACACAGAAAAAGAGGAAGAAAGUUCAUAAAGUUCCAGCAGAGGUGACGAGAGAGCGCUGCCCGAGUACAGCCCCGCCCCCAGAGCCCAGCAGUCUGUCCUCUGUGUCUCUGGGUCAGCGACUUCCUUUCCCAGCAUUUCCUCUGAGGGUCUCCCUGCCCCCCCUGGCCCUCCCCUCAGGACCGGUCCAGGCCGCCGCCCCCCCAGCUGAGUAUCACUCGGACUCUGCCGAGUCUCUGGAGGAGAUCCCGGUGGCGUUGGCCAAGCUGGGCUCUUCGUCCUCAGCUGCUGCCGGAGACGCCUCCUCAUCCUCGCACAGAGCCGUGCCAGCGUUCCCCCUCCCCUCCCCCCAUCCCAGGACUAAGAGGAAGGCCCCCCCCACCCGUGCUAAUAAGAGUGCAGCGGAGCUGAGGUUUGAGAUGGCGUCCAUCCAGCCUCCCACCGUGUUCGUCAGCCGGGCCAGCGGAGAGGAAGUCCUCAGUCUGGGCAGGAGGCAGGCCGGCUCCAGACCCGGUUCUCGUGCGUCGCUGGGCUCAGGUGCAGCCUCGUGGAUGGAGCGAUAACAUGAGACUCUUUUGUCUUUCUAUAGAAACGCACAACUGUCUUUAUUUCACUCACUUAUAUUUUGAAAUGUUUUUUAAUUCUGACUUUUACUUUUUAAAUCUGAUGCCAAAGGUGACAUCCUGUCUGUGCACAACCUUUAUACUUGAGGACGUGUGUUACCUGAACCACAUCAGCUGUUCAUUGUGUUAGUGGAUGUUUAACUCUCUGCCCCCUCGACUACACACACACACACACACACACACACACACACACACACACACACACACACACACACACACACACACACACACACACACACACACACACACAGGAUGCCAGUGCUAAUGCUAACACCCUGUUCAGAUCUGUGGAGCUCCACAAGAACCAAUAUUAAAUCAAUCAAUCAAUAAAUACAUAAACAAACAUCAGAGAUUAAACUUUGAAUUUAAUCAUUAAAUUAUUAAAAAUCACAAAAACUUAUUUUAUUUAUUUAUCAAUAUUUUUUAUUUCAAAAAGCUUUUUUUAACUUUUAUUUCACCUCUCAGCCAAUCAGAGAGCUCCUCCUCUUCCUGUCUGACAGACUGAGCAGUUCAUUACAGUCUCUAAGCUAAGCUAAACUAAGCUAAGCUAACCAGCUGAGUAGGACCAUGUGAACAAGAUGUUUCUGGUUUUUUCACCUGUUGCUGAUUUUACCUGUUUAUCAAUAAAUGGAAAAAAUGGA